UCCAGAUUAUUUAGGAUGCGGAGUGCUUCGGUUGUGUGUGCGAGGAAGAAAUAGUGAUGAUCAAUUGCAGGUGCUUUAUGAAAGGAACGCAAGCAUUCAAACUGCGGGCGAAAUGGUUAAGAAGAAAAUGGUUCUGCAAAAGUUGAAGGCUUUAACCAAUAUGUUCCCGCCGCCUUUGAAAUGGAUUCCAAUAUCUGCCGAUGGGGCUGUUACGGCCGAGGUACUGAUUUCGGGAGAACUCAUAGAAGAGAAAGAUGACUUUCACGAUUCUAACAUCGAAGUUCUAACCAAAUUGCCUGCCGAGAUCUGCCCAGUUAAUAAGAAAUUCAGGGUGGAGGUAAUCUUCAUUGGUUUCCGAAACUUUCGAAAAUCGUAUUAUAAAGCACCGAUGGGUGCCUUCCGAAUGAAACUGUUCUUUGCAGAUUUAUCUUUAGUUAGUGGUCCUUCAGCUCCUAGAAAUGGUCAAAGCAUCAAUUUCACAGAUUUUUACUCCACUGGAAUUGUGCACCUUCCCGAACAACAAGAAUAUUGGCCACCAGUUAUCAUGACACAUAUUCAGAUCACGAAAGGCAAUCAGGAGUUCACCAUAGGUGCUGCAAUGCUUUCUAAUGCUCACAGAUAUUUGAUGAAUGAAGAAGUUUCGUGCUCCUCUAAUAAAACGGUGACCUUCGAAGAUGAUGACGAUAGUUCAAGGGCCACCCACCUUGAAAUGGAAACUUCUUUCUAUUCUGAGACUCAUGCAGAAACGACUCCUUUGCUGUCUAAGGCUCGAAAGCCGGAAAACGUACUUUCCACUAAAUGGCAAAUCAUUCCUUCUCUGCUGGCAAAAUUGAAAGGGCAAAGAAAAGAUCCUACAAUUGAAGCAUCCCCGAAAGAAGAAAGGGAAUUUAGCUGGUGGACGAAAUUCUAUAACUCAGUAGAGCACGGCGAUGAUAAUGCGAUAGAUGUGACGAAACAUCAUCUGGUAAUCUAUGGAUCUGAAUUAGAAAAUCAAAUAGAAUUCAAUUUUCUGCAAGAUUGGGCGGAGCCGGUUCCACUCAUCCGAGGCAUCCAGCAUAAAAGAAAUGGGCCACCCAAAGAAGAAUCUUAUGCCAGCAUAAAAUGUCAUAUUGAAGUAAAGAAAUGUAAAUCACAAUCGCAAAAUGUAGGUCCAAAUGAAAAACUUUUGAAGAAUGCUCGAAACGUGAGAUUCCAGGAAAUAUGCUCACUUCUUGUCGAUAUGGAAGUUGUAGUUCGCGUUUAUAUAGUGCAAGGAUUACGGAUAAGAUCUAUGGAUAGAUACAGUGAAUCUGAUUCAUAUGUGAAAUUGCAAUUUGGUGAUAAAGUAAUAAGCGAUCGAGCAAACUACAUCCCGAAUCAAACAAAUCCUGUUUUUGGGAAAGUCUUUCAAAUUGAAGGAAUUAUUCCCAGGGAGCACAUAUUGCAUAUAUCUCUGUAUGAUCGGGAUUUAUUCGAUGAUUUAAUUGGAUGCACAAAUAUUGACUUAGAAGACCGCUUAAGGUCGAAACAUCGCGCUGCGAUUGGGAUUUCUAAUGAAUAUUCAGAAAGUGGAUACAACGUUUGGCGUGAUUUGAAGUCCCCCCGGAAUAUAUUGCAUGAAGUCGCUGCAAAAUACGAUUUAGAUCCACCAGAAAUUAAAGAAGACAAACUUUAUUUUGCUGGAAAAGUUUUCUCUGAUACAUCAAAGAUAUCGAGAGAUGAAAAACUCGAAAAUCGGCUUUGCCUUUCAGUUUUAAAAAAACUUGAUGAAAUCCCAGAAAUCGGUUACAAACUUGUACCAGAGCACGUUGAAACUCGGUCGUUGUACCGAACCAACCGGCCUGGAAUCGAGCAGGGAAAGCUUCAAUUAUGGGUAGAAAUUUAUGAAAAAGAUAAUGUACCGCCACCCCUGGAUAUAACCCCGAUACCAGCAAGGAAGUAUGAGUUGAGAGCAAUAAUCUUGAACACAUCUGGCGUUAUUCUAGAUGAGAAGAACAUUUUUGGGAAGAAAAUGAGUGAUAUUUACUUAAAAGGGUGGUUGGAAGAUAUCGACGAGGCACAAUAUACGGACGUUCAUUAUCGUUCAUUAAACGGCGAGGGGAAUUUUAAUUGGAGAAUGAUCUUUCCUCUGAGGUAUUCACGGGUGGAAGACAAGAUGGUAUUGAGAAAAAAGGCAGCCAUAUACGAACGAUUCGACACUGAAGUUAAAGUUCCGCCAGUUUUUUAUUUGCAAAUUUGGGAUAAUGAUGUUUUCUCGCCGGACGAUUUUUUGGGGGUGGUCAAUGUCAAUCUUUCUCAUUUCAAAGAACCUGUUACAACCGCGAAGAAAUGUUCAUUGAGACAGCAAACUAAAUACGUGAACCUUUUCAAUGUUGGGACUGUGAAAGGGUGGUUCCCAGCUGAAGGCAAAUUUUCAGAUGGUUCAAUUGGACUUACGGGGAAAGUGGAGAUGAUUUUGCAAGUACUUACCGAACCAGAAGCUGCUAGUCGACCAGCGGGUUUGGGGCGUAAUCCACCUGAACAACUACCCGAUCCAAAGCGUCCCGAAACAUCUUUCAGUUGGUUUGCAAACCCCUUUCUGUCGUUCAAGCAUAUUCUGAUGCCUCAAAUCAAGAAAUGUCUCUGUUAUAUAUGUAUUGUUGUAAUAAUAGUUGCUCUAAUUAUAACAUUUAUUUAUGCGCUACCUGGUCAACUAAUGAAGAAAACUGUUGGCCUAUAAUGUA